AUGCCAUCCAAUCCAUCUUGGUCAUGGAGGAAAAUAUUGCAGAGCCGAGACUGGUGCAAGGGUUGGUUCAUCAACAGAAUAGGAAACGGCAACUCCACUUCGCUCUGGUUUGAUUACUGGCUUCCUGGAGGAUUAAGGCUUAUUGACAACUAUCCUCUACGAACUCUCACUGCUACAGGUUUAAAUUGGAAUGCAAGGGGUCAUCCAUCAGGGCUUUUCAGCAUUAAAACGGCAUGGGAAUUACUUCGUGAUAAACGGCUAGUAAAUAACAUGCAUCAGUUACUAUGGUUCAAAGGCCACAUCCCUCGGCAAUCCUUCAUCCUCUGGCUUGCAGGUCUUGGUAGGCUACGAACCAUGGAUCGUCUUCGUUCAGCUGGAAUACUUCAGAAUACUGCAUUAUGGCAAACGGUCAAUGCAAGAGCAAAUAUCAAUUGGCCAAGUUCUUCCUGGCAUAAUCUGCUACAAUGGGCUUCUGCAACUUACAGCAACAAGACAGACGUAACACAUAUUAUAGCACGCCUCUUGCUAUCAACCGCGGUCUACCAGCUGUGGUAUGAACGAAACAACCGAAUCUUUAGCAUCCAGUUCCAAACUGCUCCAACAAUUGCUGAGACAAUAUUUCAACUGGUCCGCCUACACAUAACAUUUAUGGAGUUCAAAAGCAUAAUCCCAACCAGUAUAUGUGAUGUUUGGGGUAUCCAGCAACCCCAUCAGAACCGCGUCCCAACUCAUAUUGCAAACCGCUGA